UCGCGGGCUUGCUUUCCGGUAGCGUGGACGGACGCUCCGCUCGGUUUCCGACACCGUCGCGCAGGCCCCCUCCUGGGCUACGGGGGGGCGGGGGUUCAAAGGUUCGAGUCCCAACACGGGAAUGAGCUUCUUUGACCUCUUCCGGGGCUUUCUCGGCUUUUCUGGACCUCGGAGCCACAGAGAUCCCUUCUUUGGAGGGAUGACUCGAGAUGAAGAUGAGGAUGAUGAAGAAGAGGAAGAAGGAGCCGCAUGGGGCCAUGGGAGCUCCAGGUUUCCUGGUUCCCAACCCCCGGAGGAGUUUGGAUUCAGCUUCAGCUUCAGUCCGGGAGGAGGGAUGCGUUUCCAUGAUAACUUCGGCUUUGAUGACCUAGUCCGGGAUUUCAAUAGCAUCUUCAGCGAGAUGGGGGCCUGGACCUUGCCUUCUCACGCUCCCGAGCUUCCAGGUCCCGAGUCAGAGCUGGCUGAUGAGCGACCACGGCGGGGACAGACGCUUCGAGACUCAAUGCUUAAGUACCCAGAUAGCCACCAGCCCAGGAUCUUUGGUGGGGCCGUGGAGAGUGAUGCGGGAACUGAGUCUUCCAAACCAGCAGCAGACUGGGGCUCCCAGAGGCCUUUCCAUAGGUUUGAUGAUGUGUGGCCUGUGACUCCCCAUCCCCGGGCCAGAGAGGACAAUGAUCUUGAUUCCCAGGUUUCCCAGGAGGGUCUUGGCCCAGUUCUGCAGCCUCAGCCCAAAUCCUAUUUCAAGAGUAUCUCUGUGACCAAGAUCACUAAGCCAGACGGGGCCGUGGAGGAACGCCGGACUGUGGUGGACAGUGAGGGCCGCUCGGAGACCACGGUGACCCGGCAAGAGGCAGACGGCAGUCCGAGAGGCGAUCCAGAAUUACCGAGGUCUCCAUCCCUGGAUGACGCCUUUUCCAUCCUGGGUUUGUUCCUGGGACGUUGGUCCCGGUCCCGGUAGCCUUGUUACCCCCUCAGGGGUCUCCAGGUCCCCCUGCACUGCCCACCAUCAGUGAACUGGGCCACUUCUCCUGCCCACUUCAGGGGCUUGGGUGUGUGCACCAGGAAGCUGGGGCAGGUCAGUGUGUCACCCGCCCAGACUGACCAAUAAAACCUCUAUUUAUGCUAA